AUCCUCUGCCUUCCGGCUAUGUUGAGUGCCGUCCGGCCAGUCCCGCCUUGCGCGCCCAUUUCGAGCCCGAGUUCCAAGCUUGACUUUCCACGUUCGAGAACCCGGCACAGAUUUGCAAGGACUGGGUUCCUGGGCUGUGGCUAUGGGGACAGAAAUGGCGCAGCUGGAGGGUUACUACUUCUCGGCUGCCCUGAGCUGUACCUUUUUAGUGUCCUGCCUCCUCUUCUCCGCCUUCAGCCGGGCGCUUCGAGAGCCCUACAUGGACGAGAUCUUCCACCUGCCGCAGGCGCAGCGCUACUGUGAGGGCCAUUUCUCCCUCUCGCAGUGGGACCCCAUGAUUACUACAUUACCUGGCCUGUACCUGCUGUCCGUUGGUGUGGUCAAACCUGCCAGCUGGAUCUUUGGAUGGUCUGAACAUGUUGUCUGCUCCAUCGGAAUGCUCAGAUUUGUAAAUCUUCUCUUCAGUGUUGGCAACUUCUAUUUACUGUAUUUGCUCUUUCGCAAGGUGCAACCCAGGAACAAGGCUGGCUCAAGUAUCCAGAGAAUCUUGUCAACAUUAACCUUAGCAGUAUUUCCCACACUCUAUUUUUUUAACUUCCUUUAUUAUACAGAAGCAGGAUCCAUGUUUUUUACUCUUUUUGCCUAUUUGAUGUGUCUUUAUGGAAAUCAUAAAACGUCAGCCUUGCUUGGAUUUUGUGGCUUCAUGUUUCGUCAAACAAAUAUUGUCUGGGCUGUCUUCUGCGCAGGAAACGUCAUUGCACAAAAGUUAACUGAAGCUUGGAAAACGGAGCUACAAAAGAAAAAGGAAGAGAGGCUUCCCCCUAUUAAAGGACCAUUUUCAGAAUUCAGGAAAAUUCUUCAGUUUCUUUUGGCUUAUUCCAUGUCCUUUAAGAACUUGAGUGUGCUUUUCCUUUUGACUUGGCCAUACAUCCUUCUAAUGUUUCUGUUUUGUUUGUUUGUGGUAGUUAAUGGUGGAAUUGUUGUUGGCGAUCGGAGCAGUCAUGAAGCCUGUCUACAUUUUCCUCAGUUGUUUUACUUUUGCUCUUUCACUCUCUUUUUUUCCUUUCCUCACCUACUGUCUCCUAGCAAAAUUAAAGCUUUCCUUUUCUUAGUUUGGAAACGUAGAAUUCAGUUUUUUGUGAUUGCCCUAGUCUCUAUAGUUUUAGUUUGGAAAUUCACUUAUGCUCAUAAAUACUUGCUAGCCGAUAAUAGGCAUUAUACAUUCUAUGUGUGGAAAAGAGUUUUUCAAAGAUACGAAAUUGUGAAAUAUUUGUUAGUUCCAGUCUAUAUAUUUGCUGGUUGGAGUAUAGCUGACUCAUUGAAAUCAAAGUCAAUUUUCUGGAACUUAAUGUUUUUCAUAUGCUUAUUUACUGUUACAGUACCUCAGAAACUGCUAGAAUUUCGUUACUUCGUUUUACCUUAUGUUAUUUACAGACUUAAUAUACCUUUGCCACCCACAUCCAGACUUGUUUGUGAACUGGGUUGCUAUGCAGUUGUUAAUUUCCUAACUUUUUAUAUCUUUCUGAACAAGACUUUUCAGUGGCCAAAUAGUCAGGACAUUCAGAGGUUUAUGUGGUAAUAUCACAGAUAUCUUGAACUCUAAAAAUAGACAUUAUUUAGACUGUUUCCACAAUGAGCAGCUGAACAGGUAAAAAUUAUGGACUUUUCUUUUAAAGGCACAGUGGUGAUCCUCAGAUCACAUCAGAUUUUUUUGUUUUAAACAUCAUAUGUAUGUGUUUUAAACUUAUAUAAAAAUCUAAGGAAGUUAAGUGGUUGAGAACUUAGAAAAGUUUAAGUUAAGCUCCAUAAGCCUGAGUAAUAAUGGGAAAAUAAAAUUGUUUACGGUUAUCUCA